AUGUUGCCAUUCAAUUUUUUCGCCACAAAUCUCGCGCUCAAAACAUUGACAACACCGAAAAGCGACCGAAAUCCAGAAGAAGAUGGGAAAAUGGCUCCUCUCUCCACUCCAAGCACAUCAUCGAUCGCACAACCCACCCCCAUCAACCCGUUUCUCACUCCGACAAUCACGACGAUGAAACCAGAAGAACAAGCAAAGAUCUUCAUGAAUAUGUUCUCACAACAAAUCCCGUCAGUCAAUUCGUCCUCAUCGAUCACUCCAUCGACGAAUUUGAUCUCACAAUUCGCCUCUUCAUCUUCAUCAUCAUCUUCAUCAAUUUCCUCAUCGAUUUCACUAUCCACUCCACCACAAAACCUACAGCUGAACCCAUUUCUGACACCGCCAUCCUCAGGAGAAUCCACGAAAAAUGGAGCGAUUGGAAUUGGAAUCCUUCCACAAACGCCGAUUGCUUGGAACAAUCACAACGCUUCGCUAAAAAGAAAGAAUCCUUUCCAAAUCACUCCAUCAAGUGAUGAAUUGCAGAAGAUGAGGAAUAAAAUUAUUCCGAAAAAGCUAAAAAAAGAACAAAAGGAGAAACUCCGUCGUGAUCGAAUCAAUCGCUCGACGAUUCAAUUGAGGAAUCUUCUCAUGGAAGCCAUCCCUAAUGAAACGUUAAAACUGGAGAAAGUUGAUAUCUACGAGCUGGCAAUCACAUACAUUCGACGAUUAGAAGAAAAAGUCAAAGAGAAAAGACAAGAUGGGAAAAUUUUAGAUGAUGAUCCAGUGCCCACACUUCUCAAUCAAUAUGGAGCUGCCGGUUAUGCAGCCGGAUGUGCGGAUGCGAGUCGUUACUAUGCUCAGUUGCUUUUCCCUACACCGCUCACCCCACAACAACCAAUGGCUGGAGUCGGAUUCCCAUUCGGUGCCGCCCCUCCAACACCAAUGAGCACCCCGUCUCUGUCUUUUGAUCAAAUGAUGGCCGGGCUCGCGAAAACGAAUCAAGCGCCGCAAACUGUCAAGAGUUUCCAACAACAGAAACAACAGCCAUCAACUUCCGAAAUCAAUAACAAAGCUGGCAGG